UUCCCAGAGCUGCUGGAGAAAGCAGGCUGCAUCCUAUUGGGUAUAGCGCCACACUUCCCCUGCCUCCAUUCCCUUCCCUCGCUGCUCGGAUCCCCCUUCCACUUGGCUUGCUCUGCCGGCGGCGGGAUGGCGUCUCCCAUGGAACAUGCCCUCGCGGUGCUGGUGGGCACCUUCCAUAAGUAUUCCGGCAAGGAGGGGGACAGGUACAAGCUCAGCAAGGCGGAGAUGAAGGAGCUGCUCCUCACGGAGCUGCCCAGCUUUGUCGGGGACCAGGUGGACGAAAGUGGCCUGAAGAAGCUGAUGGGGAAUCUGGAUGCCAAUGGGGACGAGGAGCUGGAUUUCCAGGAGUACGCGGUGUUCCUGGCUCUCACCGCCGAGCUGUGCCACGAGUUUUUCCAGGAGUGCGCCGACGAGAGGAACCGCAAGAUCUGAACCCCGAGCCGCCCUGCGUGGCCGCUGUGUGUGAACCGGGUCCACGCACAGUAAAGUUGCUUCAGCCAGA